UUUACUGUUUUCCGUUUUUGUUGAAAGAGUCAUUAACAGUUAGAAGUUGAUGGCAGUUUCAACAACAAGUCAUCACCGAGAAAAGGAUAACACUGUAAUAUGCAGAAAUCUACAGAUUCUGAUACCUCUAUGGAAACACUGAAUUCCCCCCGCCAAGGCACCGGAGCUGUGCAAAUGAGAAUAAAAAAUGCCAACAGCCACCAUGACAGGCUGAGCCAAAGUAAAUCCAUGAUCCUCACCGAUGUUGGGAAGGUCGCUGCACCGAUAUCCCGGCACAGAAGGAAUCAUUCACAGCAUGUCUUGAAAGAUGUCAUUCCUCCAUUGGAGCAGUUGAUGGUUGAAAAAGAAGGUUAUCUUCAAAAAGCUAAAAUUGCAGAUGGAGGAAAGAAACUAAGGAAAAACUGGUCUACUUCCUGGAUUGUUCUUUCUAGUCGAACAAUUGAAUUUUACAAAGAAUCCAAGCAACAGGCUCUGUCUAAUAUGAAAACUGGGAACAAACCAGAAAGUGUGGAUUUGUGUGGAGCACAUAUUGAAUGGGCCAAGGAAAAAUCAAGCAGAAAGAACGUCUUUCAGAUCACCACAGUCUCAGGAAAUGAGUUCCUUCUCCAGUCAGAUAUUGACUUCAUCAUAUUGGAUUGGUUCCACGCUAUCAAAAAUGCAAUUGACAGAUUGCCAAAGGAUCCAAGCAGUCCAUCAAGAAACCUGGAAUUAUUCAAAAUCCAGAGAUCCUCCAGUACUGAAUUACUAAGUCACUACGAUAGUGAUAUAAAAGAACAGAAACCAGAACACAGAAAAUCUUUAAUGUUCAGACUGCAUCACAGUGCUUCCGAUACAAGCGACAAAAACCGAGUUAAAAGCAGAUUAAAGAAGUUUAUUACCCGAAGACCUUCCCUGAAAACUCUGCAAGAAAAAGGACUUAUUAAAGAUCAAAUUUUUGGCUCUCAUCUGCACACAGUGUGUGAACGUGAAAAUUCCACAGUUCCACGGUUUGUAAAGCAAUGCAUUGAAGCUGUCGAAAAAAGAGGUCUAGAUGUUGAUGGAAUAUAUCGAGUUAGUGGCAAUCUGGCAACAAUACAGAAGUUAAGGUUUAUUGUCAACCAAGAAGAGAAGCUGAAUUUGGACGACAGCCAGUGGGAGGACAUCCACGUUGUCACCGGAGCACUGAAGAUGUUUUUCCGGGAGCUGCCAGAGCCGCUCUUCCCUUACAGCUUCUUUGAGCGGUUUGUGGAAGCCAUCAAAAAGCAAGACUACAACACAAGAAUUGAAACUAUAAAGUCUCUUGUACAAAAACUCCCUCCACCAAAUCGUGACACCAUGAAAGCCCUCUUUGGACACCUAACUAAGAUAGUGGCCAAAGCCUCCAAGAACCUCAUGUCUACCCAGAGCUUAGGGAUCGUGUUUGGCCCCACCCUUCUGCGCGCUGAAAAUGAAACAGGGAACAUGGCGAUACAUAUGGUGUACCAAAACCAGAUAGCCGAGCUCAUGCUGAGCGAGUACAGUAAGAUCUUCGGCUCGGAGGAAGACUGACAGACAAGACAAGUUACUGAAUAUGUUCACAUCUGUCUCGAUGCCUAAUAUUUUUACAUUUCUGUAAACAUAUUUCUGAAAUAUUUUUUUUCCUUUCAAGCGACAGAUGCCUCGUUUUGUGAAAACUUAAUGAUGAUUUGGUGUUUAAGUUCCAAACAUUUGAAUAAAAUAGUUGACAAUA